GCAGCGUGAUCUCAGUAUCUCAGGGAGUGAGUGAGCCAACAGUCUAGAGGAUGCUGGAUGACGGGGAGGCGUACCAAAAGGCUGCUGCUUCGCCAACAGGACUCACACGAGGAUGAAUGGAGUUUUGACGUAAUGGUACAGCGAUGGAUUUCCCUGCUCUUCAUCACUUUUUUGGCGCGUUGUGGAUGACGGACAUAAUGUAGAGAGUUGUUUGCGGAAUUCCCUGAAUUCAGUCUGCAUACUUGUAAGAACACGGAGAGGCUCACAUCCCUGGAGAUUGCGGCACGUAAAAUCGGUUGGAAAUGUCCGACUUUAACAACCGGAGCCAAACCAGCACACGUCGCAGUGACUACGUGUGGCAGUAUGAAUAUUAUGACGACGAGGAGCCCGUGUCUUUUGAGGGACUCAAAGCGCACAGAUACUCCAUCGUUAUCGGCUUCUGGGUUGGACUUGCUGUGUUUGUCAUUUUCAUGUUCUUUGUGCUCACACUGCUCACAAAAACAGGAGCGCCGCAUCAAGAAAACCCAGACUCUGCUGAAAAGCGGCAUCCACCAAGCAGCUGUCUAGUAGACAUCCACGCUCCCCAGGAUGAAAAUGACAAAGCCUUCUGUCGUCCAUUGCUAACAGAGUCUCGUUCUUAUUUUCAUUUCUACAUUAACGAGGAGGAUCAGCGUCAGGGGAAGCAAAAACCAGAGGACGAGAGUCUUGGAAAGCACAAAUGGGCACGAGCCCAGCAGCGGACCAGAGGUACCAGCUCCUCUGGGAUGGACGAAAUGGAAGAGGAUGUUGAGGAAGCUGAGGGACACCAACCUCUCAGGGGACAAAUGGAGGAGAGUAAGGCAGACAGAGAAUGUUCCUUCUUUUCCCAAUUCAACAUCCCUAACUUUGUGAACUUGGAGCAAAGUUCAACACUUGGAGAGGAUGAUCUGCUAUAUGAGCCCUCUGUCGUACAGGAGUGCCAGUCUCACUCUCAGGAUGCUCACCGUGACAUCCACUGAGUCUGUUUAUACAAAGACAUCACAAACAUUGACAUAGUGUUAUUGUAUUAUCUUACAUUUAACAUGGCCAUUUGUGAUCUGAUGGGGAAAACACAGCUACCCGUUUUUCUAAAAAGUGUCUCUGCUUGGAGAGUUUCAGCCUUUUCAUGGACCAUACAAGCAAGAGGCCCCACUGCCAUACUAAGUGUAACUCACAUUAUAAGAUGAGAUUUAUUUCUGAAUAUUAAAGUACUAGUUACUCUGAAAUGGAUGCAGCUGUAGUAUGCCAGGACUAGAUGUCUUUCCAAACAAAAUGAGAGGAGAGUGGCUCACCAGGGAGAGGUACUUGGUACAGUUCAUUCUGCUAUUAUUACUGUCUUGCUUUCUUGUGCAAGUCCGUACAAUGGACACAUAUCUCCCCAACAGGACACGGAUGCAAGAUUAAAAGCAUGGAGUUUAAUAACGUUUGUUCUAAAAUAAAGUGCCCUCUAUUAGAAAAGGUGAAAUGUACUUUAACUGUGGGAUUAGUAGCACAAAAUCAAACGGAUCAUUACAGGGUACAGUAGGUAACCUAAGACCUUGAUUGACAAUGUAAUAUAAUACAGAUCUCUUGAGUCAGAAAAAAGUUUUGAUUGUUCAAAUAAGGCCUAAAUGGUUUUGGUCAAUCAACACGCCCCUGGUGUGGUGGGGCAUGUCUUAAUAUUAACAUGGUGAAAUAAGAUCCCGCUUUGUCAGCGGUAAUCUUAAUAAACAAGAACUUGAAGCAGCUAUAAUUAAUAUUUUUAUCAACUGUAAGAGCCACAAAGCCUUUUAGCCUGUUUUUGUUUUGGUUCUAUGGUUGGCAGAUUCACUGGUUUGGUUCACUGGCUUUGCUAGCUGGUUUCUCUGAUAAACUCUCUGUAAUUAUCUGCCAAGCAACAAAUGGCACACAGACAAAAAUAAUGACCAGCUGAGCAUAGUGGAUGGUAUAGCAACUAAAGAGCCACACAUUUCCUUUAGGAGUUGGAGCUGAAAGGAAAUGACUCUAAAUACAUUGCUCCGUAUCUACUGGAUAUGUAAAGAAACCAUUUGCUUACACAUGCCAACUUCAAGUUGAUACUAUGUCAAUAUGGUGUUUCAAGUGGCCAAAGAAUGAAUGAAUGCAGGUUGGAGUCUUCAGACAGUGCAGCAGAAUUGUCCUUAUUUGUUGGUAAUUUAUUUAAUGUUCAGGUAGAUCGGACACAGGAAAUAAGAAAUGAAAACUGUUGUACUAAGCCUUGCUGUACUCAGGUCUAGGUCUUAAUUCAUGUAGAAAUCAAAUUUG